CUGACUCGAGCUUUCAAUUUGAUGACUGUAGUGGCAUGCUGAUAUCGUUAUUGUAUUUUUGUUUUUAGAAUUACCUUUUUUUUUAUUAAUUUUUUAAUUUGUACCUUAUCGCACAAUUCCAAUACAAGUGCGAGUUAAAGUAUCGUUUCGUAUCGUAUAGUUGCCAUCAACAGUAAUCAAAAUGCGUUUUUUAGUCAUAACGAUAACGUCACUAUUACUGAUUUUUGAAAUUAGAGAAAUUAUUUCCGAUGACGUCAUAAUGCAAAGAAAUCUAUACGACAGAGAUUUCGAACCACUAGUAGAACAAAGGAGGAAGAAACCAUUUUGUAAUGCUUUUACAGGAUGUGGUCGAAAACGAUCGGAUGAAUCGAUGGCCGCAUUAUUAGAAAUGAAUUCUGAACCAGCAAUAGAAGAAUUAAAUAGACAAAUUUUAUCACAAGCUAAAUUACUGGAAGCUAUUCAAGAAGCACGACUUGCAUUACUAAGAAAAACAUCAUUAGAUCGUCAAAAUGAAUUAAGGCAAAUUCAAAAUCCAUUGAUGAAUUACAGACGAAAACGUUGCGCUGGUGGUCAAUCAUGUUAGAUAUUGUAUUCAUUACUUUGUUUUUAGGGCAAUUGUAAUUUCUUUGUAAAACUUAAUAUUAGACUAAAUAAAUUAUGCUCUUUAA